GCUGAACAAAGCCUUAUCUCAAAAAAAAAAAAAAAAAUCACUUCUGAGCCAGAUCGCAUCUCUGCCGUGUACUUCCCAGUUUCUGCUCAGCCCUAUGGAGGGGAGGAAAAGGAAUCCUACAGGAGCCGUAUCGUAUCUUAACCAUCUUUCUUAUUGAUUCUCCCGCUAUUAGAAAGUAGAGGAAUCAGCCCUUUGAAGUGACCGUGUUUAUCUCUGCAUCUCUUUUGUUAUUUAUAGAGACCUAGAAGAGGAGAAAAGCGGGCGACUUUUCAACACCUCCUGUGGUUUUUUGGGGGAAGAAAAAAAAUCAACAACAGAUUUCCCCAAAAUGUUUGUGAACAAUUAAAAGGCAAAGGCGUUUUGAUCUAUCAGCUAAGUAAACAAUCACUGAUCCACAUCCUGAUAUUAUCGGCACCGGCAAGAUGACAGCUGCUUUUUCAUAUUUGAAUGUAAUAAAUAUUUUCUGCUUUUAAUAUAUUUCGGGGUCGCUCCCCUGUAUUCCCUGGAAUUUUAACUCUAAAAGAUUGGAGAAAAGAUUAUCGAAAAGGCUUUUACAAGCCUCCAAAAUGAUGCUGAGUCCAGACCAAGCCGCCGACUCGGACCACCCUAGCUCGGCGCACUCGGACCCGGAGUCCCUGAGCGGCGCGGACGCCAAGGUGCUGGGCAGCGUGUCGGACCUGGAGCCGGUGGAGGAGGCCGAGGGCGACGGCAAGGGCGGCGGCCGGGCCGCGCUCUACCCGCACCCGCAGCAGCUGAGCCGCGAGGAGAAGCGCCGCCGCCGGCGAGCCACGGCCAAGUACAGAUCGGCUCACGCCACCCGCGAGCGCAUCCGCGUGGAGGCCUUCAACCUGGCCUUUGCCGAGCUCCGCAAACUGCUGCCCACGCUGCCCCCGGACAAGAAGCUCUCCAAGAUCGAGAUCCUGCGCCUGGCCAUCUGCUACAUCUCUUAUCUCAACCACGUCCUGGACGUGUAGGGGCGGGCGCUACGGAGGCCGCGGGUCUGGAUGUCCGGGACCCCGAGACUCGGACGGUGGAAGAAGUUACCAACAUGUUGCGUUCUCUGGGCUCAGCAGGGAGAGGAGGGUGGAAGGUUUCUUACUCUGGAAGGUGGGGUUGUCUGGCAAGCUGUGGGGCUUGCAGGGGGGUGGCUUUCUCAGGCCUGCGGA